AUGACGGCCAAAGUUGGCAGCAGCAAGCGUCUGAAAGAGGACCAAAACCAAAUGACAUCAGAAUAUGUGGCAAAGGUUUGGACUUUAAAACAGUUCAUGCGUGCUCAUAAUCGUGCUUACGAUUGUACAAUCUCGGCCACCCGUUUAUAG